AUGAAUAGACGUUGUUAUCAAUAUGCCUAUUUACAGUACAAUAAACAUCGUAAGGAGGAGAAGAGGAAGAAAAGUUCAUCUGAUUGCAAAUUUACAGAUAUAGAAAAUGAAACGGUUACCUUAAAUUCCACUAAAAGGUCAACAUUGGUUAAGGACGAAUGUGCAUUAGACAACAUAGUUACAAGUGAGAAUAAGACUUCUAAUUAUGAAGAUGAUGAGGAGUGUGAAGGGAUGUCAGCUGACACACAUCUUGAAAAUAAAGGCACUGAUAAAACAUCUGAACAACCAGAAAUCUGGGGAAGACAGUUUGAUAAAAAACUUUCAAGUUGUUCUGUAGAGAAGAAGCCCAAAAAUAAACCCAAGAAAAACAAUGUUUACUUGAAAGGCCUGAGUAGCAAAUUGUUUGCAAAUUCCAAAAAGUUUGGUGAAAAAGAGGCAAAAGAGCAAGCCAUUUUAACACGACAAUGGAAACAGUCAAUCCACCCAAAUGUAGCCAAAGAUACACCACCGGCUGAACAGGAGGAAAGUUUUACUUGUUUUAGUGAUGAGACAGACACCACAGACCCUGUCCAAGAGACUGAUCCAACGGAAAAUAAAAACAUGGAAUCCUCAAAGUUUGGGAUGUUUAGAAAAGCAGUUUCUGUUUCAAGUCAGAAAACCUGUAUUGUUCCGAAGCCUGAUAUAGAAGACGUCAUUGUUUAUAGUAAAUACAGUACAACUUGUAAGGUGAGAAGUGAAAUUCCAGUACUGCCAAGGUCAGUCAAGGACAAAUACGAUUUCAGAGAAUCAAAAAACGAUGAAAUUGAUGGUAUUGCAGGUAGCGAGAAAUCAGAAUUCAGUGAGAAUGUUACCACACUACAAAGAUCUGCACCCAAGCAACCUAGAUGUAGAAAACUGAAAAAAACAUCUUGUCAGAAAGAUGUAGAACAGUUACACUCAUCAGAACUUUGUAAUGACUCAAUGGAAUCAAAUGUUGGUUCUCAAGCUCUAUCGAAUUGCGGAGAUCAAGAAAUGGAAGUUGUACCUGUUGUUCCGAUGAAGAAGACCUACCAGAAAUGGACAGGAGAAACAGUGACACCUGACUGUAUACCUGUGGAUCUUGGUGAGGAUAAGAUGGAGGUUGAGGAUAUUCCAGUCAUUUCUAAACAAGACAGGAAGCGAAAGAAAGACAAAUGUGAAGAAGGGGCACCAAGAAAACGGAAAAAAGCUGAAAUUGAUGAAAAUACAUGUGGUACAUCUUUGGUGACUGGUGAUACAGAAAAUCAACCUGGUGGCGGAGACAGUAUUCCUGCCAAGAAACAAUCCUCUGCUGGAGGAGGGCGGAAACUCACUCAGGACAACUUUGUGCGUCUUAAUAUGAAAGUGAAGACCUACAAACGUAAGGGAGGGAAGGGAAUGACCGGACCACAGCACAAACGCUUUAUGUGGAAACAAAAGAUGGCUGCUCGCAGUGCCAGUAGGGGAGACAACUGCUUCAAGUGUGGACAGCCUGGUCACUGGGCAAGCAAAUGUCCUGGUGGUUCCUCAAAGUCUGGUAAGAUGGAGGGAGGCGAUCGACAUGAGGAACCAAUUAAUGAAGAAGACUUCCCAAGUCUGCAUGAGGCAGCCAUGAUGGCGAAGGGAAUCAAGAGAUCAGAGGACAAAACAGGGAAGAAAAUGAUGACACAACAUGAUAAGAAAGGUGUUUCUCUGUGUACUGCUGAAGAUGACAAUGAAGAUAUCCAAAUUGAGGCUGGAAUUACAAGGUCAGCCCCCGAGGAUAUUGGAGCUCCACCACCGUUUUCACCGUUGAUAAAAUCAUCCACCCAAGCACAAGAAGAACAUACAAAUAUGUAUGGACACUUUGCAUCAAACACUGUCACUAGUCAGAAAUUAGAAAGUACAAUUUGUCAUUUCAAACCAGUAUACCUACUGCUAACAAUUGUUGUUGGGAAAUCAGCAAAGAAGGUGAUAGUCACUGUAAAUGGCAGCUGGAUUAAAUUUUCAGAAACCCCAGAAGAUGUUUGGAAAGGUCUGAAGAUGUUUGGCUUUGAUGGGUUCAGAAGAGGACAAGAAAAGGCUGUCAUGAGGAUUCUGUCUGGUCAGUCGACACUGGUUGUCCUGUCAACAGGGGGAGGUAAAUCUCUCUGUUACCAGUUACCAGCCUAUCUUUAUGCCCAGAAGUCAAAGAGCAUCACGCUGGUGAUAUCACCUUUAGUGUCACUGAUGGAGGAUCAGAUAACUGGUCUGCCUGCUGGACUACAUGGGGCGUGCCUUCACACCAAUAUGACUCCUGCCAAGAGGGAAGGAGUACUUGCUUCGGUCAAGGACGGUCAUGUUCACUUCCUGUUAGUGUCUCCUGAGGCUGUUGCUGGUGGCAAUAUGUCUUUGUUGAACUCCCGUGCCAACCUUCCACCAAUCUCUUUUGUUUGUAUAGAUGAGGCUCAUUGUCUAUCAGAAUGGUCACACAACUUUCGGCCGGCUUAUCUUCGCCUCUGCAAGGUACUACGUGACAAGUUUGGUGUUCGUUGUUUCCUCGGUCUCACAGCCACAGCUACUCAAUCAACUGCUGCUGAUGUUGCUAAACACAUAGGUAUUGAGGAUUGUGAUGAGGCGGUGAUCCGAGGUCCUCCUGUACCUAGGAACCUGUUCCUGUCUGUGUCACGGGAUGAAGACAGAGACCAGUCUCUGAUAGGGAUGCUACAGGGGAAGAGAUUUAGCCAGUGUGAGUCCAUUAUUAUAUACUGUACAAGACGCGACCAGACAGAACGACUCGCUACCCUCAUCAGGACAUGUCUGCAAGAGGAGAAGUCUCAGGACUGGGAAGAAGGCCUUGGUAAAAAGAAAGGUGGAAGGAAGAAGUAUGCUUUCUGGGAUGCUGAAAGUUACCAUGCAGGUCUUACUGCGGCUCAGCGUAAACGGGUCCAAAAUGCUUUUAUGUCUGGACGACUGAGGGUAGUUGUUGCAACUGUUGCAUUUGGGAUGGGUCUGGACAAAUCAAACGUUCGUGGUAUCAUCCAUUACAAUCUUCCAAAGAGUUUUGAGAGCUAUGUACAGGAGAUUGGAAGAGCUGGAAGAGAUGGCAGAGAGUCGCAUUGUCACCUAUUUUUAGAUUCAGAGGGUAAGGACUUGUGUGAGCUUCGCCGACAUACGUACGCCAAUACUGUGGACUAUCGUACAAUAAAGAAGUUCCUUCAGCAUAUCUUUGUACCUUGUCAUUGUAAAGCUGUACAGAAACUUCAACAACAGGCACAAAAGGAAAAGGAUGAAUGUGAGAAAGCUGCACAACUUUGUGCAACAGACUGGGAUGAAGAGGACAUGCCAACACCAGGGGUAGACACCAGUACACCAUUACCAGGGGGAGACAUUGGCACAUCAACACCAGGGGGAGACACUAGUACACUAUUACCAGAGGGAAACACUGGCACACCUACACCAGGAGGAGCCACUGGCACACAAACACCAGAGGGAGACACCAUCACAACAACACCAGGAGGAGCCACUGGCACCCAAACACCAAGGGGAGACACUGGCACCCCAACACCAGGGGGAGACACUGGCACACAAACACCAGAUGGAGACACCAUCACAACAACACCAGGAGGAGCCACUGGCACCCCAACACCAGGAGGAGACACUGGCACACAAACACCAAGGGGAGACACUGGCAUGCCAACACAGCCUAGGGUCUGUGUAGGUCAUGAAAGAGCCAUGCCAAUAGAUGAUACAGUCAUGAGUUUGGAUGUCAAAGAGGAAGGGCUGUGUACACUGAUGUGCUACCUAGAAAACCAUUCUCAGAUGUGGCUACAAUCCAUGUCCAACGUGUAUGCUAACUGUCAUAUACAGUGUUAUGGAGGCCCAAGUCAGCUACAGAAACUUGCAAAAAAGUGUCCACCUAUUGCUGUGGCAAUAGCAAAGGCGAAGAAGAAUGGAAAGUCAUUCCGUGACACCAACAGUCUGUCAUUUUCUGUUGUGGAGAUCAGUGACAGUAUGGGCUGGGCAUCAGCACCAGUCAAGCAGGAGCUGAAGACACUUGCAUGGGACUUCAACAAACCAGCUGGUCCAGUAAAAAGUGGAGUACUUGUGGAAUUCUCCAACCUUGCAUUCCACUUCCGUUCACCAGGUGAUCUCGAUGAUGAUGAGUUGGAUGAUGUUCUUCAGUUCUUACAUAACAGAGUUCAAACACAGGAAAAAACAGAAUUGCAGCAACUGAGAUACCUCUACAACACUCUUAGGAGUGUUUCUCAUAAGAACUACUGGAUGUGCUCAGACGAAUAUGACAAAAGAAAAGAUGAAAAGCUGAAGGUUGCCAUUGUGGACUACUUCCAACAACAGACAUUAUUAAAACAGGCCCUGCAGGAAGCAGACAACACACCCGAGACUCCACAACAUGAGCUCAGACAAUUAGUGUCAGACAUUCGCCAAUUUGUGAAUGUUUACGGUACAGAUCACAAGCUGAAUGGUCGAGCUGUUGCCCGUGUGUUCCAUGGUAUUGGUAGUCCCUGCUUUCCUGCCAAUGUUUGGGGACGGAACAGACGCUACUGGCGAGCCUAUAUGAACAUUGACUUCAAUUUGGUGGUGAGGACAGCAACUAAAGAACUCAUCAGUAUGAGGUGA